AUGGGCUUUCCGAAGGCCGUCACUUCGGUGGCCGUCAAGCGAGUUGGCGGCGCGGCCUUUCGCGUUGGUUUUGCCGAGAUGAGUGGGUGGCGACCUAGCAUGGAGGAUGCACAUGUAAUCCAUUUUCGAGAUACCUGGGGCUGUUUCGGCAUCUUCGACGGCCACGGUGGUGAUCAGUGCUCUCGUUUCAUAUCCAGACGCUUCAGCGAAGAGCUGACCAAGAACGGCAUGCCUGAAAGUGAUGAAGCUGUUACAGAGCUGGCAUUGCGCUUAGACAAGGAGUUCUUGGACUCCAACGAGCCCAGCGGAUCCACAGGAACAUUUGUCAUGCUUCAAGCGCCAAGCGCACCUGGAGGCAAAUAUCAGCUCCGCGUGGGCAACAUUGGUGAUAGCCGUGUCCUUUUGGGGCGGGCUGAUGGUUCGAUCUUCCCCAGUGCCGGUGUGGUGAGAUCCGCAGAAAGCAUGUCUUUGGUCUCAAAAGGUGGACGCCAGGAAAUGGGAGUGCCGCGGGUGAACGGCUUGGCCGUUAGCCGUGCAUUCGGGGCAACGCUCAGCGUAAGAAGAUGGGAGGAGCAGCCAGUAAGCUGCGCUCCCGAGCUUCAGGCAUUUACGGCGUCGCACACCGACUUCCUCAUUGUGGUUUGCGACGGCAUUUCAGAAGGCAACUUCCCAAGCAAGGCCGUGGUCGGGCAUUGGCAGUGCCACUCCACUUGUCGCAUGAGGCAGCAGCCUUACUUCGAUGGCUG